UUAGGAACUGAAUUCAUGCUUACAAAUAAGGAGAUGUUUAUGUUAGGAAAAGGAUGUGAACUUUGCAGACUAUAUAUAUAUUGGAAGUUGUACAACAGAAGAUCGCCAUACCUCCAUUUGAAUCUCCCCUAGAGUUUACUGGUAGACGUCACUUCCUAUUUGUUGCUGCCACGCUGUUUGAGUUAGAGCUCCGUCGAGCGGAUUCCUAAUUGCUUGUUUUUGUCUCUUAAAAUCAAAUUUAUAACCUAUCACUCUUUCUUUUACGGUGGGGGAAACACAUUCCCAACAUUAUUUUAUAUAUUAAAAAAAAAAAAAAAAAAAAAAAAAAAAAAAAAAAAAAAACUUGAUUGCCUUGAUAUCGCUAGUUUUAUCCGACUUCCCGAACAUUUGCUACUAGCUUUAGCCCGCUAGCAGUAGCGGCGUGGUCACACUAGCGUUUGUACUCUUCUCUCGCUAUAUUAUUUUUCAUCUAUUCUAAUGGCGAGUGUAUCGGAUGUUUCUCUACCUUUGUGUGCAGGUGAGGACACGUUCGAGCUUCAUGCAGUGCAGUUGGAACUGGAGGCCAUGGAACGACAGAUUCGGACCCUUCUCGAGAAGCAGGCCAAGCUACGAGAGCGGCAAACAGCGCUGGAAACAUCAUCCUGUGCUGAUGCUCACCAAUCCUCGGUAAGUUUGCAGUGCGAUAUUAACACUCCUGCUUCCUCUACGCCGUGUGUUUCUCUGCACAGGGCCCGAGCACCCAGAACAAGUUCAUCCCAGCCCUCGUUCACUCCGGUGCCGUCACACCAGGGACCUUGGGUUCUUCAGCAGCGGAAGACGCGAGCCAGGCCUCGGACCAGGACCUCUCCUCCUCCGCCGCCCCCGGUCUUUGGGGUCUCGACAAGGAACCGCUUCUCCCCUCUUCGCGAGGCAGAACACGACGCCAUGGUCCUUGAAAACUCCAUCGUCCUCCACGUCCACGCUACCAAAACCAAAGGUAAAGAGCGCAGUCACCGUUUUCCUGGUGCUCGUGUUCUCGAUGUCGCUACACAGGUUCCCGCAAUCCUGAAUGGCGCUGAGAACAUGGGAGCGGUUGUUCUGCAUGCGGGGGUGAAUGACACCAGACUGCGGCAGACGGAGGUGCUGAAGCAGGACUUCAGGAGCCAGAUCGAGACGGUAAAAGCUACAUCGCCCGCGACGAAGAUCAUCAUGUCCGGACCGCUUCCGACGUACCGACGAGGACAUGAAAGGCUCUUCCGUGCUGAUGGCCUGCACCCCAGAAGAAUCGGAGGUGAUCUUCUGUCAGAGAACAUCUCCAAGACGCUUUGCACCGCAUGAAUAGUAAGUCUGUCAAACCUCAAAUCACAGUUUGUGUUUUGCCCACUUAAUUGAUAGAAAUUUGAGUGUAGUACAGUCUAUAGAAACUGUGUCUAUUCCGCAUAGUGAGGCUUAACAAUAAAAAUAAAGGAUCUAGAAAAAAUCUGAUCACGAUCAAACCAGAAAUUCACAAAAUUACUGAACAAAAACAAUUUCUAAAGCUAGGGCUACUAAACAUUAGGUCACUGACACCUAAGGCGGUUAUUAUAAAUGAAAUGAUCAGAGAUAAUAGUCUUGAUGUAAUUUACCUUACUGAAACAUGGCUUAAACCAAAUGAUUAUUUCGGUCUUAAUGAGUCUUGUCCACCUGGCUACUGUUGCUGAGUUUGCAAACUUUCUCUCAGACCUAUUUGUCAAUGUUGAUAAAGCGCUGAUUGUUGGAGAUUUUAACAUUCAUGUAGACAAUACAAAUGAUGCGUUAGGGGCUGUGUUUACAGAUUUACUAAAC